AUGGAGCAGAGGAAAAAUGCAGGCAUUAGUCAUGAAACUGCUGAUGAAAAGGUGAUUUUUGGCAUUGAAUUUAAUGCAACUUUUCUGGAAUGCAUUCCUAAGUCCCAGCAAGCCUCUAUUAGGUGGUAUAUUCAACGCUUUGGAGAAGAACAUCGAGAAGAGCUGAAGGCUGACGAGAGGAUCAUCAAAACGGAAUACGGGCUGCUGAUCCGCAGCCUGCAGAGAAAGGACACAGGGGUGUAUUACUGCAAAGCACAGGAGCACAUGUUCAUUCACACCAUUGUGAAGUCAAAUUUGAAUGUCAUAGAGAACGGGCACAUGGAAAGCACUCAGAAAACGGAGGACAAAGACAGAUGGAUGAGAGAUUUGCUUACUGAGUCGCGGCUGAGGUACAAGGAUUACAUCCAACUCGUCAGCAGCCCCAGCUUCAGCCUGGAUGAAUAUUGUGAACAGAUGUGGCACUGGGAGAAGCGGCGGCAGCGGAACAAAGGUGGGGCAAAAUGGAAGCACAUGCAGAAGAUGAAGAAAAAGCGAAAUCGAAGGCACCAUGAACCUGUCAGCAGCCCACAUGCCAGGCCUACAUCUACGUAGUUUUAUAGUCUAUUUAAAGAAAGGACGUUUAACAUGCAAAAAUACUGUGUUCUGUUUUGUGCAUCCUUCCUAUUAAUUAAUAUUGCUUCAUA